CAAAUAGUAACUGUUAGUGUAAAAUGAAAUGCCGUAUUUUAACCUGAGCCUACCUAAUGUUCAUAUUUAUUAUCGUCUAAAUUUAAGUCGGAAGGUACUUAUAUUUGCCGCUAGGGAUCAAAACUACCUGAUAUCCAUCGAUACCUGGGAAACCGUUUUCUUUGUUUUCUUAAAGCCCCAAAUACUAGCCGGUCAUUUUGUAGCCGUAUAUAGCCGUAUAUAGCCGUAAUAGCCAUAUAUUUCAAGAAUUAUAAAUGCAAAGCAUGAAAUUUCACUGAAACGUUUGAAUAACAGCGAAAUUUUAGGAUAUAUUAGAAUUCUAUAUAACAAAGAAAAUUAGCUUUCAUUGAAACUGAAUUUAUUUGAAUAGAUGAAACGGUUUUUGGAACGGUUUGGCAGUAUAAAAAACGCGCGUGAAAUCAAGUAAAUCUGUACACGUGAAAUAUUAGCUCAAUUUAAAUUACAAUAAUGUCUGAUAUAAAGAGUGUUUUGUCUCUAUUAUGUCAGCAUUUAAAUUUCUCAAUCAACAUCGUGAUGAAACCUGAAUAUUUUAGGCUGGCAAAAUUUAAUAGCACGGCAGAAAAUGUCGUGAGUAUUAUGCACGAUAUCACAUAACCUUUCUAUGUAUAACGCUACACGUUUUAACAUCUAUGAAAUAAGGAUUUCUAAUAUAUAAUCUUUUCUGUAUUAGACUAGAACGUUUUGGACAGCACUGAAUGUCUUAAGCUAUUAUGCUGUAAAAGAAAAACAAAUUAAAAUUGAUUUUCAAAAAUAUGGUAACUUUUGUUAGUUCUUUCUUUCAGAACUUUUUAAUUGAUGCUAGUAUUUACAAGAUUAAUCUUUCUUUUAGAUACAAUAUGGGCUACCAAAUUGUGUUUUGCAUAUUUACAAUACCCUGCAAUAGAGUUUUAUGCUUUAAGCGAGAGUAGUAAAAAUAACAGACCAUUAUUAUUAGCAUUUGCAUGGCUUCUUGGAACACAAGAUAUUCUAAGUGUUAUCACUCACAUAAAUCUGUCUAAUAGUGUGCUAGGAAGAGAAUGUUCACGGUUGAAUAGCGUACAGAAGAAGGAAACACAGUAUAAUAUACCAGAGACAUUCAGUGCACAGAUAAAUAAUAUAUUGUACUUAAAUGGUAAAGUAAAUUAUAAUAUAAAAGAGAUAUCUGAACUGAUUUCUGAGAAGGCUAAGUUAAUAAGCAAAAUUCAUACUGCAAGUGUUGAAGUUUGUGGUCUUCCACAUCUAAGUGUAUCAGAGACAGCACUGGUAAAACGUAUCUCAACUACCAAUAAAAAUGCACUUUCCAAUGAAGACAAAAAAUAUAUAAAAGAAUUAUCAACUAUUGCUAGUUUAUUAGAUAUACAUAUGAAGUGGUCUAAAAAGAAACAUAUAUUUUUUGAAUGGAUGGUAACAGUAGUUCAAGAACAUAAUAAAUCACUGAACACCAGCUUUGAAGGUGUAGAUUGGAAUGAAGUUUCAAAGUUUAUUUCUUUGUUAUGUUCUGUGAUUGAAGAAAAACUUGAAACUUUAUCAUCUAAAGAAGAAACUAUUAAUUCUCAAGAUUAUGAACCCAAAUGCAUUUCACGUUUAUUAAAGGUCCAAGGUAAUAACACAGAAAUAGAAAGGUGGCUAAUGGAAAUUUCUGGUGACCUGACCAAAAAAACAGAAGAUUUAGACAAAAGGAAAGAGGAACUUUCUAAGAAACUAAAAGAAAUAUUACAGUCAAUCCCCCACUGUGUUGAAGUCUCAUUUUUAUAGUAAAAUAAAA